AUGCCAAACCUCGUCUUCGUCACCGGCAACGCCAACAAGCUCCGCGAGGUCCGCCAGCUGCUCGGCGGCGCCGCGCUUCCCUACCCGCUCGUCAACGAGCCCCUCGACCUCGACGAGGUCCAGGCCGCAUCGCUCGACGCCAUCGCGCUGCACAAGUGUCGCAGCGCCGCCGCGCGCCUGCCGCCCGGCACCCCCGUCUUCGUCGAGGAUACCGCGCUUUGCUUCGACGCCCUCGGCGGCCUGCCGGGGGCCUACAUUAAGUGGUACGUCCAGGCGAUGCCUUUGUGCGACAUCGCCUCCAUGCUCGACGCCUUCCCGGCGAAGACCGCGCGCGCCGUCACCACCGUCGCCUACUGCGACGCCGCAGGCGCCUUCCACACCUUCUCCGGCACCACCACCGGCCGCAUCGUGCCGCCGCGCGGGCCCACCGAUUUCGGCUGGGACGCCAUCUUCGAGCCCGCCGGCGAAGACAAGACCUACGCAGAGAUGGACAAAGACAAGAAAAACGCCAUCUCGCACCGGGGCAAGGCCUUUGCGGCCUUCCGCGAGCACCUAUGUAGCCCAUCGCAGCGGCCGCCGCCGCCAGCGACCGCCUAG